UCCCGUUUCGGCAUAAAUCAGCGCUUAAAGACUGUUUACUUCUCCGAUGAAUCUCAUGUUUGCAGACUGUCUUCAUUUUUUUUUAAUUUUUUCACGACUGAAACGUAUUUAAAAGUUUGAGCUGAAUAGAAAGAAUGGUUUUUAUGGUGGUAUUCUUUUUCUUGUCCCAAAACUUUGGUGAAAGAACUUGCCAAAAUGUUUCCAGACCAAAUAUUGUUAUGGUGAUGAGUGAUGCAUUUGAUGGCCGAUUAUCCUUCGAUCCUGGCAGUAAAGUUGUCCAACUCCCGUACAUAAACUAUCUCAGGGAGCUUGGGUCCACCUUCGUUAAUGCCUACACAAACUCACCCAUCUGCUGCCCUUCAAGAGCAGCGAUGUGGAGCGGUCGCUUUGUCCACCUCACUCAGUCUUGGAACAACAACAAAUGCUUGGAUGCAAACGCGACUACGUGGAUGGAUUUGCUGAAGAGGAACGGAUAUCACACCAAGAUGAUGGGCAAGAUGGAUUAUAUCUCAGGGGGUCACUCUCUCAGUAAUCGAGUCGAGGCGUGGACACGGGAGGUUCAGUUCCUGCUGCGCCAAGAGGGCCGCCCCGUUUCUGAGCUUGUUGGGAACAUGUCGACUGUAAGAGUUAUGACGAAAGACUGGACAAACACAGAUGAAGCGACGCAGUGGAUCCGCCAGACCGGUGCCGUUUCCCACGAGCCCUUUGCAUUGUACCUCGGCCUCAACUUACCCCAUCCCUACCAGACUCGCUCUCUGGGGCCGACGGCCGGGGGUUCCACCUUCCGCAGCUCACCGUACUGGCUCACAAAAGUGUCUUCUGAGCUCGUCUCGGUUCCAAAAUGGCUGCCCAUGUCUGCCAUGCACCCUGUUGACUUCUACUCUACCGUCACCAAAAACUGCAGUGGUGCUUUCACAGUGGACGAGGUCAAAAGCAUUCGAACCUUUUAUUACGCCAUGUGUGCUGAAGCUGACGCCAUGCUGGGUCAGGUGAUUUCAGCCCUGAGAGAGACCGGCCUGCUCAACAACACGGUCGUCAUUUUCACAGCAGACCACGGAGAGCUCGCCAUGGAGCACCGGCAGUUCUACAAGAUGUCCAUGCUUGAAGGCAGUUCUCACGUUCCCCUGCUCAUCACGGGGCCCGGGCUGAUGUCUGGCCUGCAGGUCGACCAGCUUGUGUCCUUGGUCGAUCUCUAUCCCACUGUGCUAGAGAUCGCUGGUAUUUCAGCUCCGGUUGAUCUAAGUGGGCAUUCCCUCCUGCCUCUGAUAUCCACAUCCAGUGAUUUUUCCAAGAAGUCACAUUCUGACUGGGUGCUGAGUGAAUAUCAUGGCUGUAAUGCAAAUGCCUCUACAUAUAUGCUUCGAGUUGGCCACUGGAAAUAUAUCACCUAUUCAGAUGGUCUCAGUGUUCCCCCACAACUUUUUAACCUCGCUCUGGACAAGGAUGAACUUUAUAAUGUGGUUUUCAAAUUCCCAGAUGUGCAGGCUCAUCUGGACAAGCUGUUGCGCGACAUUGUGGACUACCCCGAAGUGUCCAAAGCUGUUCAUCUUUACAAUAAAGAAGCAUUUUCUGCGUGGCGGGACAGUUUGGGGAGUAACUAUAGCCAGGUCAUUGCUAACCUCAGAUGGCACAUGGAUUGGCAGAAGGAUGUGUUCGCCAACGAGAGAGCCAUUGACGAGUGGCUGAGUGACUCAGACGGCUGACUUUAAGUUGUUCAUUUUUACUUAAAAAAAAAACUAACAUUAUAAAUGAGAGAGCUGUUGUUUGAUUUGCACAUUCUAAAAAUACAGUGUUUUGGGAAAAUAUUGAAA